AACUUAAUCGUGGGGUACUAUGCAAUGGAAAAGCGCCAUUAGGAGCACUCAGAAACAACACAAGAAAAACAAUGCGAAGAUCUCUUCUUACUUUGAUUUUAGCCUGUGCUCUGAGUUCUCCAUCUGGAGGUGAUGUUAGACUGGUCAAUAGUAGUAUUGCCUGCUCUGGUAGAGUUGAGGUCUUUCAUGAUGGCCGUUGGGGAACUGUGUGUGAUGACUCUUGGGACAUUAAUGAUGCUGCUGUGGUGUGCAGACAGGUGGGAUGUGGAAAAGCUCUUAGUGCAAAUGGUGGGGCUUCUUUUGGUCAGGGGAGUGGAAAGAUCUGGCUGGAUGAUGUUGCAUGUUCUGGAAGUGAGAGCAGCAUAAAACAGUGCAAUCACAGGGGACUAGGAACACAUGACUGUAGCCACAGUGAAGAUGCUGGUGUUAUAUGUUCAGGAGGUGAUGUUAGACUGGUCAAUAGUAGUAUUGCCUGCUCUGGUAGAGUUGAGGUCUUUCAUAAUGGCAGUUGGGGAACUGUGUGUGAUGACUCUUGGGACAUUAAUGAUGCUGCAGUGGUGUGCAGACAGGUGGGAUGUGGAAAAGCUCUUAGUGCAAAGAGUGGGGCUUCUUUUGGUCAGGGGAGUGACAAGAUCUGGUUGGAUAAUGUUGCAUGUUCUGGAAGUGAAAGCAGCCUAAAACAGUGCAAUCACAAUGGACUUGGAUCACAUGACUGUAAACACAAUGAAGAUGCUGGUGUUAUGUGUUCAGGAGGGUUAAGAUUGGUCAGUGGCUCUGAUUCCUGCUGUGGAAGAGUGGAGAUCCUUCACAAUGGCCAGUGGGGAACUGUGUGUGAUGACGACUGGGACAUAACAGAUGCUGAUGUUGUGUGCAAACAAUUAAACUGUGGCAGAGCCAUCAGCGCCCCUAAAAGAGAUCACUUUGGCCAGGGAAGUGGAGCGAUCUGGCUGGAUAAUGUUGGAUGCUCUGGGAAUGAGAAUACCCUUACACAGUGCUCACACAGAGGUCUGGGACAACAUGACUGUAAUCAUGGUAAAGACAGUGGUGUUGUGUGUACAGGUAAUCUGCAGAUGCCCACCCUUUCCAUAAUCUCUCCACAUUCAGUUGUGUCUCCUGGAGAAAACAUUCAGUUUAAAUGCACAACACCUAAUCCAAGAUGGCGGGAAAAUGCUGAAUUCCACCUGUUCAGAAGAUCAUCCACAAUAUCCUCUCAAACAAGUGUAUCUAGUGUGACUUUCAGUCUGACUGUAGACAUCUCACAUCAGGAUCACUACAGCUGUGGUUACUCUUACAGGAAUGACACCAUCAAGUCUUCCAGGAGUAACACUAUUAAAAUCACUGUAGUGAACCUGCAGAAGCCCAAUAUUUCUCUCAGUGGAUUGUUUGACUUUGGUCCUCAGGGUUCAGUGAUCACCAGAGGUCACAGCUUCACUAUUACUUGUUCAUCGGAAUCUCAGUAUUCUGGAGGCUUCUUCUCUCUGUUCAGUGGAUCAAACAUCACCAGUAGUAAACCAGCUGUCAAUCACUCAGCCGUCUUCAUCUUUCCUGAGGCAGAUUAUUCACAUGAGGGAAACUACAGUUGUGUUUAUGAAGUGAUUGUCUCCUCACGUAGCUUUCAUUCAGAUGCGUCUGACCUACUGAUCAUCACUGUCAGAGCCUCUUUGCUUCCUGUCAUUGGUGCUGUUGUGUCAGCUGUACUUCUCAUCUUCUCUGCUCUUGUUAUCGUCUUCAUAGUGAAGAGAAGACAAAAGCAGAACAAUAAGGAGAUUCAUAAAAAGUGCUUCUUUAAGAAAGGUGAGGGUAAUACAUAUGAAGGUGCAUCUCGUGACACAAAAAAUGAAGAGGAUGAUGAUGACGUCUAUCAAAAUAUGGAUCCUGAUAAGAAAGACAAUGUGAGCAGUGAUGAUGACUCUGAACAGGACUAUAUUAAUGUGGAUCCAGAUAAUUUAAAACAGGAUUGUAUGAAUGCAGACACAGAUGAUUCUGAAGAGGAUUAUGUUAAUGUUGAUAUAACAGAAAACAGAAGUACGGUAGACAGUAAAUGUGAUGAUGACCUCUAUGAAAGUUUUAUGGAUAAUGAGUAAACCUAAAAUAAGUAAAUUUACCUUAGAGCAGAGGUGCCCAGACUAUAGGGCCCGCGAGCCAAAGCUGGCCUGUAAUGACCUUUAAUUUGGCCCAUCAUGCCACAUGCGAUAAGGAAAAAGGAUAAACAUCAUUGACGCAGAUGUUCAUUUCUAAUUAAACAUUUUAGCAUGUAACAUUUUUUGUUUUAUUUGUACAUUACAAAAAUGUAAGUUGAAAUUAAAUUCAAGUAAUUAAAGGGAGUACAUUUUUUUAUGUACAUGCAAAUGUACAGUUAAUCAAAUGUGAAUAAAUGUGAGUUAAAUAUGAGUGUUACAGCAAAGGGUCUGAAUACUUAUGACCAUUUGAUAUUUCAGUUUUUCUUUUAUAAAUUUGCUAAAAUUUCUACAUGUCUGUUUUUCUGUCAAGAUGGGGUGCUGAGUGUACAUUAAUGAGAAAUAAAAUGAACUUUUUUGAUUUUAGCAAAUGGCUGCAAUGAAACAAAGAGUGAAAAAUGUAGAGGGGUCUGAAUACUUUCCGUACCCCCUGUACUUUCGGCCCACAAAACUUUUGAGUUUUGGUCCUUAGGAAAAAGUUUGAGCACCCCUGCUUUAGAGACAGCAAUAUUUAUCAAAGACUGGUGGGCUAAAUGAUAAUGAUGUGGUUUUGUGUAUCCUGUCAAACACAUGAACUGUGUCCCAUCACUGUUGUUUUGGGGUCUCUUGAUGUUACUGUUUCUGGUUACACUGUAAAAGCUUUGUUUCUUUUUCUUUCUGUUUUCAUAACUUUCAAAAUUUUAAAACAAUAAUAAGAUAAAGAUUUAAACUUGUUUAACUGUUUAUGAAAUGCUAAAUUAUGUUUUGCCAUCAGAAUUAUUUAAAUUUUCUGUCCUGAUGUUUUUGUGUAUUCAUAAAGUGUGAAGAUGGGUG